CGGACAAGACACUGUUUUAGACAUCACACUAUUCUAAUCGAUAAUAUAUUGGGAACCAACUUUAAUCCAAAUACCGUAUUCUGUAUGUUGAUGAAAGUAUGAAAGUUGGUUUUGAAUAUUAUACCUAUAAAAAGCGCGUCUUGCUUAAAACAUCCUAUUCAAAAUUACUCCUAAAAAUCAUUAAACCAUUUAUUUUAUAUUGCUAGACAAAAUACUUCAGACAAAAUCAUCAUAUUACAUCCAAAAACGAGCCUCGCGUUCAUAUAGCUCUGUGGCGUUCCUAUAAAUCAUUUGGGGCAGAGUAAGUUUUUAAAAAAUCCGAAAAAAUGUAAAGGUAAUUCAAUGCCAUACGCCUCAGCGCCAAUCGGCCAUCCUUUCAUUAGUGGUUCACAGCAGACCCUUGAAGCAAUCUGUAAGAGGGACUAUUCUCAUUGCAGAAAGAUCGAAUUUUCAAAACUAAUCAACUGAAUGCGGAUAGAUGAUUUUGUCUGAGAAUUCGGGUUUUCUCUCUGGAUAAAAAUAUUGUUGAAAUGCAUUCGAAGUUCUCAUCUCCUAUUGGUUGAUUUUUUCUGAAUGAAGUGGAGCUAUAACAACACAGGAAAACAUUUUUUGUACAAAACGUGAGCCAUUUACCAAUUGGUGUCUAUGUCGUAAAUAUUUUAUUGCCUUUUACAAAAUAAAAGUCAGAUUCCCGAAAUUUUACUAUUUAUAUUUCACUUGCACUUGUAAAACCCCGUUCACAUAUUUUUAGACGGCAAUUUGAAUUUAAUCACCGGAUAUAAUAACUCAUUACCAACCCUGAUUCAGAUUUUAACUUCCCGUUAUCAAAUUGUUUCGCUAACAAAGCAUAAAAAUUGAAUGUGUUCACGACGCGUGAUGAACUGCAUGUAAAGGAGACUAAAGUAGCCCCAGUGGAACAGAAUAUUUUGAGAGUUAUCCCGCCGGUCUAGGCAUUCUGUCUAUUUAUCUGGUUUUCCCACGGCAGCAGGUAGCCGUAGCUCUCUUCGACCAAGACCCCAAACUAAUUUUUACCCCCCUCACAUUGAAUCCCUUCGGAAUUUGAAGGAAAAAAAAUAUUUCGACUAUCAUAAUGGAAAUGGAACGGACAAAUCAAAUUCAGUUUGAGGACCACGAGAUUCUGCUGGAAAAACAUUUGUGUUCAGGUCGUCCUCAAUUUCUGGGACCGGACGCCGACUCUGGAAUUGAAGACGAAGACCCCAACUCCCCUUCGGCGACCCCAAGCUCCGCCACUCCUUCCAAGCCCCCCUCGACCCUUGUGGGGGAGCACAAACUUCUCUCUCCUUUGACUUCUUGCAACGGAUUCCUGGACACAAUCAGAGCACCCACUAGUGCGGAAAGUUAUUCGAUGGAGGGGGUGGUUCAACAUAACUUGCUCAGAAGGAUCCACGACACGCCACCUUUGAGACACAGUUUGGAGUUGCAGAAAAUGGCGCAGAGUUAUGCUGACUACUUAGCAGAAGCCAGAAUGGGCGAAGAAAGUCAAAAAUCUUCCAAUUUUGAAGUCUACGGAGAGAACAUACUUUACGUUCCUUACGUCUGCUUCAUGUCAGCUAAGCAGGCGGUGCAGUUGUGGUACAGACAGUUGAGGAGUAUGGACAUUGCAGAAGUAAGCGAAGAGAGAUUCCACUCCAUCUCCAGUUUCUGUCAAGUGGUGUGGGAAGGGAGCGAGUCAGUGGGAAUUGGGGUCAGUUUCGGGAGGAGAGGGGGGUGCUAUAUAGUGGCCAACUACUAUCCCAAAAUGCACCUCAACUCCCUGCCCCGCUUCCUCCGAAAUGUGCACCCCCCUCUCACCCCCUCCAGCGUACCUAGAGAGGAACAGUACGAGCUGUGGUGUUCACUACGCAACACUCAUCUUCAGCAUGAGGACGGGGAUGAUUCCAAUCAGCAGUUUGACAAACUCCUGGCAGGUGAAUUAUCAGGAGGGUCCGCCAGAUUUCAAAGAACCUGGGAAAUGGCAGUGGUCGUUGAGAACUUCAAAAGACGAAUCGUUUCAGGUCCAGAGUCGGCUGGAAAAACGAAUCAAGCCCAAAAAUAAAGACAAUUUCGCAGUUAUGAGUCACUCACGUUUUCCAAUCAAACGUCACAAUUUUAUUUUCACGCAUUGAUAAGUUAUUUUGUUUUUAUUUUUAGAUUUGAAUCAUUUGAUAUUAUUUGAAACGAGUUCCUAGUUAUUUUUGA